GAUAAAACAGGGAAAAAAGACCUCUUCUCCCCCACUCCCGCACUCCACCCCGCAACCGCCUGCAUCCCCGGAUCCCCACCGCGCCGAGCCGCUCCCCCGAUCCCCACGCUGCUUUCACUCCCCUGGAUGCCCAUGCCGCCGCGCCCCUCCCUAGAUCCCCACGCCGCCGCGCCCCUCUGCGGAGACCCGCGCCGCCGCGCCCCUCUCCGGAGACCCGCGCCGCCGCGCCCCAUCCCUGGAAACCCCCGCCGUCGCGCCCCGUCCCCGGAGACCCCCGGCGGCACGCCCCCUAACCGGAUCCACCCGCUGCCGUGCGCCCUCCCCGGAACCCCCACGUGCGCCGCCGGAUCUUGCGGCCGCCUCACGCCUCCACCACCGGCCGCCGCUGCUCUUCCCGUCUCCCACUCCGGUCAACCCCGCACUUCUCCCUCCGAUGAGUCUCCUCCCGCCCUCGGCCUGCCUCUUCUACUUCUCUACCUCCGGGGAACUCCCCUGGAUCCUCCUGCUCAUCGUCGCCCAGUUCCUCUUGUUCAUCCGUGCGUGACCCUCGGACCACCAUCGCGGCGCUGUUCUUGUUCUUCAAGCUCUCGUGUCCUGCCGAUGUCGUCGUCCCCAACCCCCUGCACAGCGCGAACGCUAUUCUCGAGGAUGAUUCCGAUGCCCGACGAAGAAGGCACGAAGUUCACUUACUGUCAUCGAGGAAAUUCAGCUAUACCCUCUCCAACGACCUCGGCCACGACUGUGCUCCAGCCAUCGAGCGCUUGCCUCUGCCGUCUCCAAGUGAUUUUUGAUGUCUGAAGUUCAGCUAUACCUACAGGUGCAAAAAAUAGGUGUUUUGGUCCAUUUGUUUCAGUUUGAUAGUCGGUUUUCUUCCAAGUUUAUCUCCAAAAUGCAACAACGUCUCGAGUUUUAAUCCUUCAGUUUCUGUGAGAACAAAAACGACAACGGCAUAUUUCUCUGAACAUCCCAUUGGGCCACAACUAGACCCCAAGAAACGUGCACGUACAGGAUCCUGUUACAACCAAAUAUGAUGUAAAAUGCAGAGACAAAAAAGUGAAUAUAUUCAGUAGUUUUUUUGUUUUCUU